CAAGCAGAGUGCUCUCAGCCAGCAGAACUAAAGCAAUGGAUUUCAAGCAUCAGCGUGUGGCAUUAAACGACGGUCACUCCAUUCCUGUACUGGGAUUUGGCACUUAUGCACCUGACGAGGUUCCUAAGAGUGAGGCUUGUAAGGCCACCAAAAUAGCCAUAGAUGUUGGGUUCCGCCAUAUAGAUGCGUCUCAUGUGUACCAAAAUGAAAAGGAAGUAGGUCAGGCCAUUCGAAGCAAGAUUGCAGAUGGCACUGUGAAGAGAGAAGACAUAUUCUACACCUCCAAGCUUUGGUGCACUUUUCUUCGACCAGAGCUAGUACGAACAGGCUUGGAACAGUCACUGAAAGCUCUUCAACUGGACUACGUAGAUCUGUACAUUAUUCAUUUCCCUGCAGCUAUGAAGCCUGGGGAGGAGCUGUUCCCGACAGAUGAAAAUGGAAAACCAGUACAUGACAGAGUGGACCUCUGUGCCACAUGGGAGGCCUUGGAAAAGUGCAAGGACGCAGGACUGGUCAAGUCCAUCGGGGUUUCCAACUUCAACCGCAGGCAGUUGGAGAUGAUUCUGAACAAGCCAGGCCUCAAGUACAAGCCCGUGUGCAACCAGGUGGAAUGUCAUCCUUAUCUCAACCAGAGCAAACUGCUGGAUUUCUGCAAGUCCAAGGACAUUGUUCUGGUGGCCUAUGGAGCUCUGGGGUCAAGUCGAGAUCCAAAAUGGGUGGACCAGAGCUUCCCUGUUCUCUUGGAAGAUCCAGUGAUUUGUUCCUUGCCUAAAGAGUACAAACAAAGUCCAGCUCUGAUUGUUCUUCGCUACCAGUUGCAACGUGGAGUUGUGGUCCUGGCCAAGAGUUUCAUUGAGAAGGAGAUCAAAGAGAACAUUCAGGUAUUUGGAUUUCAGUUGUCUUCAGAGGAUAUGAAUGUUUUAGAUGGCCUGAACAGAAAUUUUCGGUGCUACCGUAAUGAUUUUCUUGCUGACCACCCAGAUUUCCCAUUUUCUGAUGAAUAUUAACAUGGAGACUGUGUUCAUGGCUUCUGCCCAAGCUCCUGCGAGUGAAUGGUGAUGCAGGAGACAUCUCAGAUGCUGGUGACUGGACUCUCUCUUCUUGGUAUGAGCUGCUUAACAAC